AUGUCAGAUUCCACAUCCUUAGACAGUGGACUACCAAGUUUCAUGAAAAGUGCUUUUUAAAAAAAGAGACCAGUUACAGAGUUAAAGCCUAAUAAGAUCCUAAAAUCAGUUUUGUAGUAGCAUACUCCUCAAAAUCGAGGAACUAAAAAUAUAUCUAUCAAGCUCUAAGGUAUAAUCGGGCAGAAACAUGACUAAGCCAGAGAUGAAAAUAAAGAUCAAGAAUAGAAUACUGUCGAAGGUGAAACUAUCAAGCUACUUUAACCUCCUGAUGCAAUAGUAUCUGCAACCUAGGAUGUUAAUGAGUAUAUAAAAAGCAAUAUGAGCAUUUUUAAAGAGGAAGUUCUCGAGAGAGAUAGAAUGAUAAGAAAGAGGGUAGUCGGGAUAUCUGGAAAAAAUUUCUUGAAAAAUAUGAGAGCCAAUCCAAAUGGAUCAUUAAAUGACUCUGUCAAAAUUUUAACCACUACUUCGGGAGGUCUCGACAGUUUUUCAUUUAAUCCUGAUAAAAGAAUCUUUAAUACUUUUGCCAAUGAAAUGUAACUAUCGUUAUUUGAUAUAGACGAGGAUGAAGAUUAUUAAGGAGAGGAUCCACGAGUAUUAUUGCGUCUUGCUUAAAAGAAAAAAGAUUUAGUAAUCUAAGAAUUGAUCAAAAUGGAUGCAGCUAACAGUAAAUUGGAAAUGCUUGUCAAAGAUAGAGAUAAAAAGAUUACCUAACUAUAAUACGAUCUAAAAGAAUUGAGAGAGAAAAAUAUAAGACUAAUAGAAUAACUCAAAUUUAGAAAUUAAUUGCCGAAGAUGAAAAGAGAUAUUGCCAGUUAAGUAGAGUAAGACAUACCUGGCUACUAAUCAGAGUAGAGCACAUAGUGCUUUAAAGAAGUACAUGAUAGAGCAGUCAGAGAAUAGCAAGAGGCAAUUUAGUAUCUGAAAGAAACUUACUUUCAUAAGUACCACUUAUUCAGAAGAUACUCGUAAUACUAUUUUAGCGUGCAAGGUGACACCAGAAGAACGAAGGAAGACUAAUUAUUCGAAGUUUCAGAUGUUUAUUCAGAUGACUCUAAUUUAGAUAUAGAAACAAAGAAGGACUAUGCAAAAUCUGCUGAAACUUAAAUCAAUACUUAACCUCAUAAUGUAAAUGAUGGAAGGAGGUAGAAUGGUUUGACUAAUGAGGAAUUCAGGAAAAUACCCGCGAAGACAUUCAAAAAGCAAAUGUUGAAUAAUGGUACUUGUAGGUACUUUAAAUGCAAGACUUGUGAAAAGGACUUCGUAGAAGGAGAUAAAAUAAAAAUGUUAUUUGAAUGCAAUCAUGAAUUUCACAGAGACUGUCUACGACCAUUGCUUCAAGAAUCUAAAAGUUGUCCUUUCUGUGACAAGGAGAUUGUUGCGAAAAAGCUAUCUAGGGUAGGAAAGAAAGAAUUAAUAAAAAGGCUUUAGAUUGCCCAGCAACUGCCAUAAAAAGAAAGUGCCUUAGAUGAUACUACUCUUAUAAAAGCCAGAGAGAUUAUUUUAAAGAAGCACAGUAAUUGA